AUGUCCGCUGCAAAGCCUCACGAGCUGUUCAUCCACGUUAUGGCUCAGAGCAAACACCUGGAGCGACUGCGGCAUGAGUUGGAUAUCAAAUCAACUCACAGGACAACAUCUGCAGCUGAGGUCAUCAAGCUUCAUGAAAUCCCACUGCGGAUACUCGAGGCUGACCGGGGCAAAGUAUCCAGUACGAUCCGUCAGGAGCGUGGCGAGUUGGAUGACCCAGAAGUUUAUGCCCGGAUCUACAUGGACAGGAUACUGCCACAAAUUGAUGUGGCAAUAUGGCUGGAUGCCGACACUAUUGUACAGAAAGAUGUGGGGGAGCUCCAAGCACGAUUACAAAAAUCUGGCAAGACAAUCGGUUUUGUGUACCGAAGCACCAAGAUGUAUCCAGACUUCCUCACCGGCAAGUGCACACAGAUGUUAGAUGUGCCCUGGAGCAAGCUCAAGAACCUCCCGGCGUACAACACAGGUGUCUUUGCAGUGAAUUUGCGGCGUUGGGCAGCCACAAAUGCUGCCAGCCGUGUCGAAAAACUAGUUCGACUGCAAAAUGACUGUCCAGGUGGGCUUUGGAAAGGAGGUUCGCAGCCUCCUUUAACACUGGCUUUCCAGCUGCACGCACAUGAUGAAGCCAAUGACUACAUACUCUUUGAAAAGGAAUGGAACGCCUUGGGCUUGGGCUUGGAUGAGAAGAAGUCCAAAAAAGAUUUGGCAGAAAUGCAUAUCUUACAUUGGAAUGGUAUGCGGAAGCCCUGGAAGAGCAACGGCUACAACAAGGCAAUCUGGGAACCUUACUACGACCGGUAUGCGCAUUUGUGA